AUGUCACUCGACGUCUGGCCACCUAUCCCGCCCGCCGACUUGAGGCUAAAAGAAGCCGAGACGCAGGCCCGCGAGCUGGGAUGGAUCACCGCCGAGACCCUGCGAGUCUGUAAAGAGCUCAAGCAUGGCCUGGAGGAUUGCUACGCCCUCCUCGCGCCCGUCGAUCCCGGAAGCACCCUCGUCAUGAGCACCGCCCGAAGCGAGAAAGUCAAGGGAACAAUUACCCGCGUGGGCACUCGUAUCGUCAAGGGCACCCUCAACCUCCAACUUCGAACCAUGCCUCCCCACAACCUCCAGCUCUCUCCGCAACACUCCAUCCACAUCCCCGCCCUCGACAAACUGCACAAUCACCUGAAUGAAUCACUCGAUUUGCUCUCCGUCAUCCUCUCGGCAAAGCAGCCGCCCGACGCCAAGUCUCUCGCGCAGACUUUGACUCUCCUCUCCGAAUCCAUUGCCGCGUCUGCAGCUCUUCUCAAGGGGCCUCCGCUUACAACACCCGACCAGUCGUGGACGACAUCAUCAUGUCCUCCCGGGAUCUUUUCUCCGCCCCUUGCUCCGAACAUUAGCUUCCAUAUCGGUCUGCAGGACAGCUGCAUUGUCUUGCUGAUUCGCGCUCUCGAACCAUGCCAGGCAGCUGUGCACACUUUGACCAAGCUCGGCCUGGCCAUCGGAACUGUUCGACGCCUAGAGCACGACGAAAUGGACUCGGUAUUCAAGUACAACGUCAGCGGCUACGCAGAGGCGGGUUCGAGGGGCCAUGGUGGACAGCGUAGCUCCGAGGCAACCCGACAGCCGCAGUAUGCACCAAACGCGGAGGAUGUGUAUGUCCGUGAAAAGGUGCGCGUCGAGAGCGGCGAUCCCAGCUUGAUAUCUUUGUACUCAAAACUAGGCUUCUUGAGUCAUGUCUUGGGCCAGACGAGACGGAAUCUGGCGGCUGUGAUCGGAUACGAUAUGGAUUGA